AUGUCUUUUGAAUAUUAUGUAAAUAAAUGGAUCGUUACGAAAAAGAAACUGGAAAACGAAACGCUUCGAGAUGAUCUUUGGAGAGAGAAAGCUAAACCAGUUAACGAUCGUUUAAUGGCGAAUUUAUUAUUUGGAGAUUUCUAUGCUAGAUAUUGUUUGCUAUAUCAAGAAUUGGAUACUUGCAUCGACCAAAUGGUACAACCACAGAAACGUCAAACUGUUAAGAAACUAGUAGAUGCCGCAGCUAUAAGACUACUAGAAUUCAAUAAUAUAUUACUAGAUCUCGAUUUAUCUGAAUACCAUUACAUAGAUGGUACUUUGGUGGAAUUAAAAUUAGUACCAUAUGAUGUAGAAAUCUUACAUCCAUCGUUAUUUCAUCAUAGACCAAUAGACAUUGAAGAUAUGUGGAAAAAAAUACAAAAAGGUGAAAAAAUAUUCAUACCGCCUCCUCCAGAACCAGAAGAAACCGUGGAAAACCUCGAAAAUAUACCUAAAGAAGUUGGUAGUACUGGUGAAGGUGAUAAAAAAGAAGAAGCACCACCAUCAAACGAGACUAAAAAAAAGAAGAGACCUAAAAAAAUCAGAGAAGAAGAAAAACCACAAUUGAAUGAAGAAGAAUUAGAGAAGUUAAAGCAGAAAGAAUUGAUAACAGAAGCAGUUAAAUUAAUACAAACAGCAGAAAGAGGAAGACAAGAACGGUUAUAUUUCCUAACGAAAUGGUUAAUAUAUAAGAAAGCUAAGGAAGUACGUGAAAAAUUACAACAACAACAACAACAAAAAAUAGAAACGAAACCAGAAAAUCAAUCGGAAAUAGAAGAACUUAGAAAAAAGGAAAACGAAGCAGCUUUAAAAAUACAAAGCGCUUGGAGGGGUUUUACCGUUCGUCGAAUGAUCAAACAUCACGAAAUAAAACGAAGACAUUUAAUAGGAAUGUACGAACCAGUAUGGAGAUCCGAAGAAUAUAAAGAAAUCUUCAACAGAAAUUUGGAAAAACGCAGGGAAUACCGAGAUCAACGCAUCAGGGAAUACGUAGAAGCAAUCGAUAAUGAAAAAUCCAGAGUAUUCAGAGUGAUAGCGCCUGGUUUGAUGGAAGACAUCGGCGACGAAAUUAGAGAAUGGUUCGCGCUUUGGUAUAAAGAAGUCAGACAAUUCGACGAAAUACCUCCGGAAGAAAAAGGCGGUACUAUAUUGGUGGUACGCGCGGAAACUAUGACCCCCAAAGAAUUUAUAGAUGAAGUUGAAAGGAAACGACGACAGAAAGUGAAAGCUGGAGGCGCUAAGGCGCAGAAAGAAAAAGAGAGAAAGGAAAAGGAGAAAUUGAAGAAAGCCGAGGCGGAAAAGAAGAAAAAAGAAAUAGAACAAAUGAAGAAGAUAGCGGCGGCUAAAGCUGCCAAAAAGAAAAAAAGAAAACCGGGGGAAUAUGAAUAUGAUUACGAAGAUCCUGUAGGACGACCGCUUUAUCUGGAAGGACAGCAGGAGCACGGGGAUAUAUGGGAUUUACGUAACGAUUUUGAUAAUCCUUUAGAAAAACAUUAUAUGGAUAUAAUAACUGAUAAGACUUUGCUAGAUAAUCAAUUCGAAUGUAGAAGAAUUGUUGAUAAUAUGAUGCGAGUUGAAUUGGAUAUGUUGAACGAAGCACUCGACGAGGAUCGCGUUAAAUACGGUUUAAAAAAAAUAAAAAGGAAAAAACGCAAAGCAAAAAAAGGUAAAAAGAAAAAGAAAGGUAAGAAAGAUCUAACCGGAAAUCGAGAAAUUCAAGAUCUUUUCCAAGAAUUAGUAGAUAACGAAAUAAUAAGAACAUACCCCAAAGUUAGUUUGGAAGAUUUCCACGGGGAUUUUAGUUAUAAUAAUUGGGAAUUUAGAAAUAUGGAUUUCGAUCCCCCGGCUCAGCUAUUGGACGUUCGUCAAGCUGUAGUAAUGAAUUGCAUCAUACCUCUUGGAGUUGAAACUAUGAAAAGACCAAAAUCUGUUCUAAUAUUAGGACCAGAAAAAAGCGGAAAACAUCUAUUAGCGAACGCGAUUUUCAACGCAACUAGAUCGGUCGUUUUUGAUCUAUCGCCAGAAAGAUUGGCGGGAAAAUACGAAGGUGGUAAAGGAAUGAAAAUGCUCGUACAUCUAAUUGAUAAAAUGACGAAGCUUCUAGCUCCAUCUAUAAUAUAUUUCGAUGCCGCUGAAAAACCUUUUUAUAAAAAAGUACCCAAAGAAGAAAAAUAUUUGAAUCCGAAACGCAUCGGAUCCAAAAUCAAGAAAAUCAUGAAAGGUAUCAAAAUAACCGAUCGGGUUUUGGUUUUAGGUGUUACAAAUAAACCUUGGAGCGCUCAAGCUAAAUUAAAAAAAGUUUACGAACGACAUAUUCUCAUCCCACGUACAGAUUAUAAUAGUGUAUACAUAUAUUGGAGGGAAUUGUUGAUGAGAUACCCAGGAGUUGAUAGAAAUUUCAACGUUACCGCCUUAUCGAAGGUGACUCAAAAUUAUCCUUUACCUCUACUUAGAGAAGCUUUAGAGUACGUACUGACUCCUAGAAGGAUCAUUCAAUUACAUUUCAAACCGCUCGUUCCAGAAGAAAUUUAUGAAUAUUUCGUCGAUAAGGAAAUUCAACCGAUUACUGAUAAAAUCUGGAAAAAAUUUCAAAAAUGGUUUAAUAAAACGAAUUUGGGUAAACGGAAAGCUAAAUUUAAUAAAUGGGCCAAAGAGAAAAGGGAAGCUUUACAAAGAAAAGCUAAAUAG